AUGGCUGGUUUUAUUGAAGGCAUCGGCGAUGAGGUCAUCUGGUUUUUGAUAACAGUAAUUGUCAUUGUGUUAAUAUCACUUGCUUGGAUCAGUACUGGCAUACCACCAGUAGAUUAUUACGUAUGGCUUGUUCAAAUGCAAAUUCGUCCCAACAGACGGGUUGUUCAGGUGUUGCAAGUGGAUAAUCAAGAAGUCAAUUUAUUUCGAGAUCGUCGAGAGAGACGACCUCUUAGUGCGGUUACGGAGCAAGCACUUGAAGCAUUCAUAGACACUGGUAUCAUGGAACAAAGUAACACUUCUGAAGAGGUAAUGUUACCUCAGACAGAGGAAAUGGCGCAACGACAAACAGAUGAGGAUACUUCCCUGCAUACACAAGAAAUAUCACAGGAACAGGCAAUAAUCCUAGCAGAAAACAGGGAAAGCUUACUCCAUGCAACUUUUAUGGGGGCGGAAAUUGUUAAUUGGCAACGAAAUGCAGAUCUUUCAGCUUCAACUUCAAUUGAAAGUGGAAAGAAUUCGCAAACUGAUACAAAAUGUGAAUUAUCUUCGGUUGUUACCAAUUCAGCUUGUCAACUCGCUGAGGGAAUGGAAGGUGAUAAUGGUGGGUGUCAUUUAUCUAAUGUAAAAUUAAAGUUCCUGGAUGACUCUCAGGUUACUGCUUGUACAGCUCUGGAAUCUACUGUGGGACAGUUUAAGAGGCGUUACUUCUGGGAAUCAAUGCUUGAGGGAAAAAUAGUACGAUUGAUUUAUCGCGGGCAAUUACUACGAGAUGAUACACGAUCAUUACUAAGUUACGGUUUACAUGAUCAGUGCGUUGUACAUUGUCAUGUUAGUUCUACACCUUACGCACAGCCUUCCUCGUCAAUUUCGAACACAUCGAAUAAUGCUGUUUUAUCAUUCGAAUCUUCUGGUCUAAGAAAUGGAACAGCUGUAGCAGCUAUCGCAGCCAUUGCUGGUUCACAGUCGGUGUCAGCCCACACAGCAGAAGAAUUAACUCAUACAGUUAUUCAGACAUUUCGGGGUCAUUCUAUAGAAGACAAUCAAAAUGAUCCUAUAUUAAUACGAGUGCAAAACGCUUUCUCACGGGCUUUUCGAUAUGGAUAUAAUGCAGUAAUGGGCCCAGACCCAGGAUUGAUAGCAAUAAGAGGUGUAUCGUUGGAUGCAGCAGCUGAUAUCGCAGCAAAUAAUGGAUGGAAUCAAAAUGCGAAUGUUUUAGGAGGACGCAUUGGUCAGUAUGUCCAAGUCAUUUUCAUUGUGAAAUUUCUGAUACUAUGGACAUUUGUAUUCCUGUAUCCACAAUAUACAGACCGGUUUUCUUUACUAUUACUCACUUUUCUAAGUAUGUUUUUUGUAUCCAUUUUAUUUUCUAAUGGUCAUCGUGCCAACAGUAAUGGCAUGCAGACAUAA